AUCUCUCAGAUCUUAAUACCACAACGAUCGAAAAUGUCCAACAACACCCAAUCGACGUUCAAGUCCGCCUCCUUCUCCUUCAGCUCCUCUUCAGUCAACGGACAGACCCGCUCGCAAAGCGAGUCCACAUUCUCCGAUCCCUCCGGAACCAAGGUCCACCGCACGUCGCAAGAGCCGGGCCAGGCAGCACGCGAGGAGCGCAUUGAGUAUGAUUCGGCAGGUCGACGGCUGGAGGAGGCGGGCACGAGGGGACGCAUCGAAGAUGUGACCGAUCGGGAGCAGGACGAGAAGGAUCGCCAGUAUGAGGAAAAGAUGGAGAACGAGUAUGCUAAGAGGGAGGGUGGGGCUUAGAUGAAGAUGGAGAGGAGCGCAGGAGGAAGGCUAGAAUGUCUGUCUGAAGGAUGGGAAAGGGGGCAGGCUUGAGGUACGCCACAUGUGGUGGAAUGGAGCAGACGGAAAGUGUACUUCAAGAUGCAUAAUGAGCUCUCGUUUGCAUCAUUCAAUACUGUCAUCUUUCCUGCACUAUGAGCUACAUAUCAGCUUCCGUACAUCACCCAAUCCUGCGUGCUCUUCCUAACUUUCCUUCUCCCCCGGUGCGCCCUACGGGUUCUCGAAGCUUAAUUGCAGAUGGCCGCAUACAAUUCAAAGCGUAACAGGAUGCUUUCGAAGGGACUGUUGUAAAUGUCACGUGCGGUCGGCAUUUCACCCGGCCUUUAAAACCUUCAUAUCUUGGAAAGUCGGUCAUCCCAAUCGAGUGAUAUGAGCUUGGAGC